UAUUUCAUCUAUCACCGUUCUGCACGUCUUUUUCUCUAUUCCAUUGUUUUCUGACAGACAUUUAAUACCUACGUUACGUUCAUAUAAUCUUGCGAUUAAAUAUUUCCGUGGUGAUUUGUUUUCAAAAAUGUACCUAAAGAUAAUAGUGUAAUAGAAUACCGAUACAAAAUUUUACACACAGUGGUGAUGUGAGAAUAUAAAGCCUGAAGGAAUGGAGAAAUCGUCGGCAACCGCCGAUAUAUUUUUAUCAAGUUUAUUAUGAACUAGCCAAUCGAGCAAGCAUAAGCGAAGCUACCAAACGCUGUUAUGUCUAUCUGUGAUCGCUCGCAUCUAGUGAUAAUUGUAUUGUGAUAAAUCCAUGUUUUCUCUCGUUCGACGCUGUGAUUAUAUCGGCUUGCGUUAGUCCGCAAUGGAUACUUUACACGUCGGCCAUGGACACAGCAAGGCAUCCAGCCGGAGCCAGUCGCCGUCCGCCGCGGAGCUGGCGCGGGACCCCGCGGUGGUGACAGAUGACGCUGUUAUCAGAUCCCGGGUUCAGUCACCUUCGACCGUGCAUCAUGUUGUAAGUGAGCCGUCGUCAAGCUCAUCAUCACGACACGGCGAGCGAGUGAUUCACCAUGUCAAGUCUCAUUCAAGAGAUCUCGGUAACAGUCCGCUGUCAGCUAACACAACCGGCAACAGCUCUAGAGAUUUGGAGGAUUCGCCACAGAAGAAAAUUAUAUCAGGUCUGAUUGCUACUGGCGAGUACGCGGCCUCUGUAUACAGCCCCAACGUGUCUUACAAUCUCUCGGCGGAUGAAUAUGGCUCUCCAAAUUACAGAGUACUAGACGCAGACUACCAAGAUGAAAGCGACUGCAACACAAUGGUGCCGUCAUCAAAAGCAACGGCGGCGAUUGCGCACCUCAACGCGAAGAUUGAACGAACCAAGGAUCUUAUACGGCUCGAACAGACGAUACGGGAUGACAACGUGAAUGAGUAUCUAAAACUGGCCGCAAAUGCAGAUAAACAACAGUUACAGCGCAUCAAAGCGGUUUUCGAGAAGAAAAAUCAGAAGAGCGCGCUCUGCAUCGCGCAGCUACAGAAAAAACUAGAGGGCUACAACAAACGGAUCAAGAAUUGGGAACAACAUGGUACAAGCGGGCAAGCACACAGGCAACCUCGAGAAGUAUUACGGGAUAUGGGGCAAGGACUCAAAAACGUGGGUGGUAACAUACGAGACGGCAUCACGGGAUUCAGCGGCAGCGUGAUGGCGGCGCCGCGGGAAUUUGCCCACCUCUUCUCUCGGUCCAACCGCUUCGGGUCGGCAGACAAUAUCUCCCAAAUAGCCGAGAACACGGGUCCUUCCCCACAACACGCGGAACUGAGAGCGAACGCGUCGUCUGAAGGGUCCCGAGCCUCUGAAGGUGGUGAAGCGGCUCCACGGGGGUCCACGUUGCCCCGGGCGGCCAACUCGCCAGCACCCAAGUACUCACCAGAAGCAUCCCCCAGUUCCUCAGUCACCAGUGAAGGCGCACCUUACCCUACGCAAGGCGGACCGAAUAACAUGUCGGAAGCUGUGUUCAGUAUCAAACCGAUACUGAAUGAGCUGCGCGAACGCAAAGAGGAUUACGAGAGGCUAGCUGAGAAAAUAGAUGCGCUCAAGAACUUGUCUCAGGAGGUAUCCUUCUUGUCCAGUGCGCUGCAAGAGGAACGUUUCAAAACAGAGCGACUCGAAGAACAAAUUAAUGAUCUCACGGAACUCCACCAGAAUGAGGUGGAAAACCUUAAACAAGCGCUCACAGAUGUGGAGGAAAAAGUACAAUAUCAGAGUGAAGAACGAAUACGAGACAUACACGAGGCUUUAGAUCUCUGUCAAACAAAAAUUAGUAAACUGGAGCAGUGGAUGGCGGGCGGCGGCGGCGGUGGGGGCGUGGGGGGCGGCGCGGGGGACGCGGGGGGCGCGGCCACGCUGCCGCCGCGGCUGCUGCUCGUGAAGCUCAUCAACGUGGCGCUCACGCUGCUGCAGCUCGCGCUGCUGCUGGUGGCCACCGUCGCGGGCGUCGCCAUGCCCUUCCUGCGAACCAGGGUACGAGUAUUAACAACGAGCCUGGCAGUAAUGGUCGGCGUGAUGGUGCUAAAGCAGUGGCCGGAGGUGACGCAGUUAUCUGAACACCUGGUGCGGAGGCUCAAGGAGUACCUUCUGGAUAAACACCACGACAGGUAUGAAUGCAAGUCAUUAUGUGGUUGAUAGAUAGCGUCGUUUCUAGAAGGAAAUAUCGUGAUAUUGCAAUUCUGUCCUUGGAUUCUCCAAACGGUAACUCAUAAUGUGGUGAUGACAGUUGUAAAAAUAUGUAUAACACGUUCAAUCACAGUCCGGUACACACGGGGACCGUGAGCAGUAAGUUAUACGUUCCUAUUUGAUAAAAUUGUAUACAUGUGAUAACUACUCAAUAUAAAUUAGUUAUAAUAAUUUGAAAUUCUGGAUAUAUAUAUUUGAAAUUUUAUAACCAUGCUAACGGAUGGAACUUGUGUGAAUUAGACCACAUUAUAAUAUAUAGGGAUAUACAGUGAUGAUAUAU